CGCUGCGAGCCGGGCGCGCGGAGCCCGGGGCGCACGAAGCGGCGAGCGCCGGUCGGCCGAGCCAGGCUGGCGCCCCCACCCCCAGACCCGUACCUCUGUCGGUCGCCAGUCCGGCGCCUCCCCAGCUCCACUUGCCUUCGCCACCCCCGGCCCUGCGGCCGCACUCCCUUCCUUCCCUCCGUCCCGCCCCGUCCAGCCCGCGGUGCCCGGCUCCCUGAGGCCCCCUCGCUGCCCGCGUUCCUAUGGACAGACGCACAGACACCUGCAGGAGAGACACUGCUGAUCCUGUAACAUGGAGGAUUGCCUUCAUACCUCAUCUGAGAAUCUAUCCAAAUUGGUCAGCUGGGCCCACAGCCAUGGGACCAUUUGCAGCCUCAUUCCAAACCUGAAACAUUUGCUUUCGGAAGGUUCCCAUGGGAACCUGACAGCAAUGUGGGGCUGUAGUGCUGGCCAUGCUUAUCACUGGCCACUGACAGCUACUUGCAGAGCUGGCUCCCAAGAAAGGGUCUGUUUCCAGGAUAACAGAAGUUUUAACUCUGAUAGUCCUAGUAUAAUUGGAGUGCCCUCUGAGACACAAACUAGCCCUGUUGAAAGGUACCCUGGGAGACCAGUGAAAGCGAAGCUAGACUGUAAUCGGACCAGAGACUCUUGCGAUUUCUCUUAUUGCAGUGAGCCUUCUGAACUGGAUGAAGCUGUUGAAGAGUAUGAAGAUGAAAACACUCUGUUCGACAUGGUUUGUGAGUCUUCUGUUACAGAUGAGGAUAGUGACUUUGAACCCCAAACCCAGAGGCCUCAAAGCAUUACUCGAAAAAGGCCUGGAAUAGUCCCAUCUUCUCUCCAUUCAAGCUCCCAGGCUCAGAUGAUUGAUGAAUGCAGCAGUGAUGUCAUCAUUAAGAAAAUCAAACAAGAGAUUCCUGAAGAUUAUUAUAUUGUGGCAAAUGCAGAGCUGACCGGAGGGGUAGAUGGACCAGCCCUGUCAUUGACACAGAUGGCAAAACCUAAGCCACAGACUCAUGCUGGUCCCUCCUGUAUAGGGUCUGCUAAGCUGAUUCCCCACGUAACAUCUGCCAUCAGCACCGAGCUAGACCCACAUGGCAUGUCUGCAUCCCCCUCUGUGAUGUCCAGACCAAUCAUCCAGAAGACUGCCAGGGUAUCUCUGGCUUCACCAAACAGAGGACCCCCUGGUGCCCACGGCACCAACCAGCAGGUGGCCAUGCAGAUGCCUGUGAGCACAUCCCAUCCUAAUAAACAGAUCAGCAUCCCUUUGUCUGCCCUGCAGCUGCCUGGACAGGAUGAGCAAGUUGCUUCUGAAGAGUUCCUGUCCCACCUGCCCAGCCAGGUCUCCUCCUGUGAGGUAGCCCUUUCUCCCUCAGUUAACACAGAGCCGGAAGUGAGCUCCAGUCAGCAGCAGCCCCCAGUCGCUCCAACCAUAACCACCGAGGCCACAGCACAGUGCAUUCCAGACCAGGAUGAAAGAGCAGCUGAGCUCAGCAGGGAGCAGAAUGAGAAAACCAUCCGGAGCACGCAGACUGCGCUCCGCAAUUUCCCCUAUUCUACUAAGCUCAACAAAUUUCCUGUAUUUAAUAUUAACGAUGACUUGAACGAUCUGUGUACCAGUGCAGUGAGCCCCAAUACUACCAAGGCCACACGGUAUGCCCUGAAUGUGUGGCGAUAUUGGUGCAUGACCAAUGGGCUCAAAGAUCACACAGACAUCACCAAGAUCCCUGCAGUGAAGUUGAACGAGCUGCUCGAGAACUUUUACGUCACCGUGAAGAAGAGUGACGGCUCAGACUUCCUGGCCACGUCGCUCCAUGCCAUCCGCCGAGGCCUGGACCGCAUCCUGAAGAAUGCGGGUGUGGGCUUCUCCAUCACCAGCAGCACCUUCAGCUCUUCCACCAAGAAACUCAAGGAGAAGCUGUGGGUGCUGAGCAAGGCGGGGAUGUCGGGCGCCCGUUCUCGCAACAUCGUCUACUUCUCCCUUUCGGACGAGGAGGAGAUGUGGCAGGCAGGGUGUCUGGGGGAUGACAGCCCCAUCACGCUCCUGUCCACCGUGGUCAAGUACAACAGCCAGUACCUGAACAUGCGGACGCUGCAGGAGCAUGCGGACCUGAUGUACGGCGACAUCGAGCUGCUCAAAGACCCGCAGAACCAGCCCUAUUUUGCCCGGACAGACAGUGUCAAGCGGGAGAGUCGGAGUGGUUCCACCAGAGUGUGUCACGGGAAGAUCUACCACGAGCACUCCAGGGGACACAAGCAGUGCCCUUACUGCCUCCUCUACAAGUACAUGUACAUCCACCGGCCGCCCACCCAGAUGGACGCCAAGUCCCCUUUCUACCUUACCGCCAGGAAAGAGGCCACCGACCUGGGCAGCGUGUGGUACGAGGACCAGAGGAUGGGACUGCGGUCUCUUCGGGGGAUUGUCCCGAACUUGGCCAAGAAGGUCAAGCUGGAAAACUGUGAGAACUUCACCUUCGUCUCAUUCACUCAGGUCUCCAGGAGGCUUGGCUCCCACAGCUGCUGCCAGUGAGUCUCCCGCUGCCCGGCUCAUCUGGUAGCCGAGCGUUCCCUCCACAGCCACGGCCACAGCUCCGAGGCACCAGGGGACGACCGUGACUUCAUGGUCAGGCUGGUCCCUGUCUGUGUGACUUCCUCCCCUUUGACCUUGGGUUUGUUUGUUUGUUUGUUUGUUAACUGAAAGUAGAUGAGUGACUAUUUAGGAUAUUUUAUCCAAAUGUGUAUCACCUUCGUUAAAUUAUAGAGUCUAAUACAAUGUAUAAAUUGCCACGUACAUAAGAGUGGGGAAAUUCAUUUUAUCUAGUGCCUUUUUAGCACAGAUUUUCUCAAAAAGAAAAAAGAAAAAAAAAAAAGAAAACUGUUUAAGUAGUCAUUUAAAAAAAAAAAUCCCAGUAGCCUCGUAGCUUUAGAACGUUAUGAAGAUUAUAAACCCUUUGUUGAAUUACACUCACAGUGAGGAACUAAGAAGAGAGGGGCAGACAUGUUAACCAUUUUUCCAGGAGAAAAAUUGCACUUGGCACUCCUCUUUAUGUUUGGUUGACGGAUGACUGGGUCCCGCAGAGCCAGCAGCCUUGCUUGAUGGCAGGUCCUAGAGCCCCACUCAUUCAUGCUGACAGGAAGGCGGGGGCUGCUCUGGCUGGUCCCAGCACAGGGAGGAACUGCAUCAGUAGAGACAGUUUGAUGAAAAAAGAUUAACGCGCCAAAUGAUGUCUGUGAGAACAAGGUUUCCAAUCAACUGGACAGUUUGUACCAUGAGGGAAUUUCCAGCAGUGAGAGAAAGUGGCUUGGAAAAGUGGUCUGUGAUCAAAACGUGAAAAACCUCCUGAAGCAGAAGUGCCUACGUUUUCUUUCUCAUCAUCGUGUGAAAGCCGUUUUCAUCUAAACAUUUUUUAGAGGGUUUUUUUUUUUUUUUUCCUGAAUCUGUUCUUUGGGUUAUGCAGUUUUUCUAUCAGGAUAUAGCACUGGAUCUGUAAACCAACUAGAGGUAAUUUUCAGGCUUAACCAGGAAAACCCAACAAAACAAGCUGCAAAGAAACCAAAUCCCAAAUGUGUUUCUUAAAGAGUUUUGGAGAUAUUUUUGUCAAAGUGUGACUUUUUCAGCCACAAGAGACGUCAUCAUUUUAGGUUGGCACCAGUGCUUGGGACAUGACGAUGUAGACAAACUCCCAGGUAAGCACACCCAGCGUGAAGGACACGGUUGUAAAAAAUCAGAGCAUGAUGAUAGGUUACUGAUGGGGUUUGAAGUCAUUUCACUCAGGAGAGAGUCAACCUGAGCACAUGUUACUGGAACACUAACAGAAUGUUCUGAUGACUGCUCUGAAUGAUAAGUGAAAAAGGAACCCAAAGAGUACUAAGUAAUAGUAAUAAUGUCUAGGGAAUCUUUAUUUUGUAUCUGAGGAAAGACUGCUACAAACUUUAUACCAUUUGGAUCCUGUGUGUGCUUUCUAAUCCACAAUUAAAAUUCCAGUAUACAUUUGUUUUGCAGGAAUCCUAAAAUCAGUCUGAUUUCUUUUUCAAAACAUUAUUUUAGUAUUUAUUUGAUUAAUUGUUUUUAAAAGUCAUUCACUGGUCCUUGAAAUCUGUAAUCCUUCCUUUACCAGAGAAGAUUCAACCAAUGCUGCCUUAAGGUUUAAUGUGGUUCCCUUUUUAGUUGCUGCACAUUUAUAAUUUUGUUUCCUAGUUGAUCUCUUCUGACUAUAGAUUAAUUUUGAUAUGUCUCCGUUUAUAUAUAAAGAACAGGUCAUAUUUAAUAAUGAGUGUUAUGACGUGCUAUUGCGUACAAUUCUGUUGUGGUUUCCUAUAGGGAUUUUAGGGUUUUGAUUAAAAAAAGAUACAAAACACUAGGUAUAGUUUCUUCGGUUGCUGAAAACCCAAAGGAAACUUCGUUUGUGGAAAGCAAGUGGUCAUUUUUCUUGUCAGUACUUCACUUAAACAGAAGUGUAACCUAUGUGAAUAUUGGGCAGCGUCUGCAGCCUCAGUAAUAAAACCUCCAUUUUUAUUUUAAGUAGAUUCAAAAAGAAAUUGCCAUUAGGUAUCACUAGGGUCUUUUCAGAUUUUAACAUUUCCACAGUAGCAAUAACGAAUCCAGAGGCAGUAAUCUUUCUGUUGAUAGAGCUGAAUAACAGCCUCUGCCUCAAAUGUGCCGCUUAUCACCUCUUUGAUGUACUUUGAAUCCUCAGAGUUCUGAAGUGAAUGCUUAUAAUAAAAGGUCAAAAGGUAGACUCUCCAGCGAUACCUGGUGGAAGGGAAGCACCGCAUCUCAGCAUCCUAAAUGCCGUUCACUGCAUGCCUCCUUGGGGAAUGGGAGUGAGGAAGAGAACACACCUAUCACGUGCUGCUCUGUGCUGCCCAUUGUACGAGAUACUUUGUCUGUUACAUAUUUGUGUGUAAAUAUUUGCAUGUGUAUGCACACACACACUUUAAGUACAUAUGUGGUAACAUUCAGCAACCUGCUACCGUGGCAGAGCGCCUAUCCGUCUAUAAGGCUGUGUCUGUGCGCUGAGGAUCAGAAGGGGCCAGAGUAGCUGGUUCCGGUUGGUCUUCAGAGCCACGGCAGGUGUUCUGUCUUUCCCCCCAGCUCUAAACCAUACCCACUGGGGACUCCAGGAGUCUGACCCAGGAGAGAGGAGGAUCUGAAGGGAAGAAACAGAGAGGUUAAGAGUAUCUUCUCCACUUACCUUUAGUUUGGGGCUUUUUUUUUUUGCUCAAAAGUGGGAAUGAAUUUCAGGAGUGGGCGUGUUUACCGAUGCACAAGUUGCCAAGGCUCUGCGUCGGGAACGGUGGCUGCAGGUGUGAUGGGAGGACCUGUGGGUGAGCUCUCACCCGCAGCACCUUCUGCUUCUGCUCUCAAGGAGCCCUGCUUGCUUGGUACCUCCUCCCCUGAAUCUAGCAGCUCUCCCCUUGGAAGCUGAUUCCGGCUCAGAUGGGGUAUCAGCCCGAGGGGUAUGAGUCAAUGAAACGCAAAGGCUUUAUUUAGCACAGCACUAGGCACAUAGUAAUUAUGCAAUAAAUCUUAGCUAUUUGAGUUACAACCUUUGGUAAAGGGAAUAAUAUUAUUCAACCAAUCUGCAUUACACCACUUCUUUCUUCCAUUAUGGAGCUUGUCUCUCCUUUAAACUGUUAAACUUGAAGAGGGAAACCAAACCUGAUAAUCUGGUCACGUUUAUACACCCAUAAAUUCUACCUCCAACACAUCCAAGCCCUGAUACCUCAAGAUAUAAGCAGAAACCACUAAAGAAUAGAGAAGAGCCCCAAGAGGCUCUAUGAGAAAGCUUUCCCAUUUUGUAGGGUGUUUGCUAAGGGGAGUACUGUGGGAAAACCUAACCAAAGCUGUUGAAGACAUGGGCUCCUCGGUUAUGUGGCAUCCCCCAGUUUUCCUGGGGCUACGUGCUGUAUUACCCUGCCCUGACUGGUAAAUGGUGUUUGUAGAAAUGUGAAAUCCUGAUACUGCGAUUUUUAUUCUAAUUCAGCCUUACUAAAGGCAUCAAGCGCUAUACCCACCCUAUCGGCCUGUUCAUGGACAGCUGUUGAGAGAACCUGAGUAAAACAAUCCCUCCUGGAGACGCAGAAGCCUCCGGCUAUAGAAGAGAGAUCACCAGACUGGCAGCGCCUCCGCUGCUCCCUUGGCAGAGGCUGGGCUCACUCUCCGGAGCUGCCAAGUGAGGUCACUGGAACGAGAUCGUUUCCACAGUGAGCAGUGUUACACUCUUGCCAUUCCUCAAGGCCAUUUAGUUACGAAGUGGCAAAACUAGGAGGCAGAAUUCCCAUUUCCUCAGACUCAUCUGAUGAAUCUCCUAAAUCAGUGCUUCUUGCUAUCCUGGAACGCUUUCGCUAGGAACGACAAUUUUCUUGAAUUUUCAAGUUUCCCUCCUAAAGUUAUUUUGCUGUCUCUACAGGCAGCCAAAUGUUGAUUGUUUUUCUCUGGUUAGGCUGACGCUAACCACAUGGUUGCCGCUUAAAUAAACCGAAUGUUUAAAUAUUAUGCUUAUCAAACACGCAUCCCUUUGCUGCUUUUAUUGAAGUCUGGAUGGCUCUCCGUUUUUGAGCUACUACCCAGUUACCUUUAGGCAUCAUGAAAGGCAAACAGAGAAGGCCUCAAAGAAGAGGUCCCUCCUUUUCUCUACAGGAGCUCUCAUUUAGUCUAAGUGAAGGCCCACACGCAUUUAGAAACUGUUAGCAAGCAGCCCUGAACUGAAGAAUACAUUAAAAGUUUCAAAUUCAUUUUUCUCAUGAAAUGUUUUUGCUUUGGGGGUGAAUUUUUUUUUGGGGGGGGGCCUACAUCCACAGCAUAUGGAAGUUCCCAACCUAGAGAUCCAAUCUAAGCCACAGCUGCAACCUACGCUAUCGUGGCAGCAACGCCUGCCCCUUCACCCUGUGCCACAGCGAGAGCUCCUGGGGUGAAUUUUUAACGCUCUGUAUUAAAAGAAAAACCAUACAUUUGUGUAGGCAGUGUGCUUAGGUAAAAAUCCUUGGCGUGCUUUCCCAUAAAAAUGAUCACCUUCACAAAAACAUGAGGGAGGGGAGAGAUUGGUGGUGACCUAAGAAAUGCCCUUUCUGAAAGAACAGGAGGCUGAGUGGGGUGAAAAACUAGCUUAUCUCUGGAAAUUCCUCUGUUUCCACAUAGCCUGACAUCACCGGAUUUCCCAAAGCUCCUUUGAGGGGGGCCGCCCAUCCUUCUGGCAAAGUUGGCCUUUGAUGAUGACAAGUUGGAGCUCUUCUAGUUCUUUAUAGGCAAAGAAAUCCAGACACGUUCCUUAUAUUUUCACUGUUGAUCAGAAUCAGAUUUUUACGCUCAAUCAAAGUGCAUUCAUAUUGAAGUUAAUAACUCCAGGACAUUUUAUAAGACCCCCCCCCAAAAAAAAUCACUGGAUUAUAUGUAGAUGCAUAUUGCUUCCAUUAUUAUUAAUAGCAAUUAGGUAGUUCCUGCUGCCCCACUGAGAUGAGACUAGGCUCCUAAAUACUUUAUGGUCAGUAUACCUGAUUCAAUUAAUUUACAUGUCACCGUAGUUACGAAUUCGUUCACAUCGGUUUCUGGAAGAUUCAGAUUUGACUAACACUAAGUGUUAGCUCAUAGCGCCCUUGUAUUUUCAUUUAAUUCUCACAACAGCUCUGUAAGGUAGGUCUCAUUAUUCCCAUUUUACUUGCUGAGAAACCAAGACUCAGAGAAGUUAAGUAAAUUUCCCAAAGUCUCCCAGAGCUAACAAAUUGGAGAACUUAGGUUUGAGUCCAGGUCUUCUGACUCCGAAUCCAGUGAUCAGACUGCCUUUUUAGUCCCAAAGAAGUCCAUUUAUCACAGAACUUUUAAAAAAUUAUGUCAUUCGUUAUAUGUACUCUUGGAGUAAUUUGAUAUAUUGGCAUUAUUUAAUAGUUCCUAGGAGUUCCUACUGCAGCGCAGUGGGUUAACAAUAAAACUGCAAAGGUGGUUAGAAUCCUGCGUUGCUUCAGCUGCAGCUCAGAUUCACUCCCUGGCCAGGGAACUUCCAUAUGCUGUGGGUAUAGCCAUAAAAAAAAAAUUCCUGGAGGAAUUCCUGUCAUGGCAUGGGGGAAACGAACCCGACUAGGAACCAUGAGGUUGCGGGUUUGAUCCCUGGCCUCCAUCAGUAGGUUAAGGAUCCAGUGUUGUCAUGAGCUGUGGUGUAGGUCGCAGACACAGCUCCGAUCUGGCCUUGCUGUUCUUGUGACUGUAGCUGUAGCCAGCAGCUAUAACUCCAAUUAAACCCAUAGCCUGGGAACCUCCAUAUGCUGUGGGUGUGGCCCUAAAAAGCAAAGGGGAAAAAAAAGUUCCUGGAAAGCCUGAUGGCUUUCUAUGAAUGACUAUGACAUUUUCUGCCUACUGAGAACAUUCUGUGUUUAUUUAAUAAAAACUUGUAUUAUCUAUCAUCUACCUUAGGGGCAGACGAUCAUGCCAGUUUAUUCUAAUUAAAUUCAAGUCACUUACAAACUGCACCUGUUUUGACAUUGGUAUCGUUGCUUAAAAUGUAAAGGACUUCCUAUGACACAAUUACAUGCUCAGGGUUCUUACUUUUGCUUUUUAAUUUUGAUGUCAGAGGACUUUUAUAAUCUUUAGGCUAAAGCCCCCUCAUAGCAAAAUAAUACUUAUUUAGUCAUUUGUUUUCUCUUCUUUCUCUUAUCAGCACAUGUUUUUCCAUUUUGCAACUUAAAAAACAAGAGGUUCUAAGUUACUGUGAGAGAGCCCAGAGAUAUUAAAAGCCUAUAAAAGAUCAACAAGACAGUAAGUAGUAGAUUUAGGACUAGGAAAUUAAUCCAGAAUCUUUCCUCCAUAACAUAGCCGGGAAGUUUUGGAUUUUUAAAAAUUAAUUAAUGGAGCUGCAUCUGGCGGAACAUCUGACUAGCAAAAGCCUCCAGAGAGUGCCUGCCUUCCCAGAAAAGCACUCAUCAAGAUCCAGAAGAGGGCCAAAUGUUCAUUCUAGAAUCUAGAAGGAAUCAAUACACUUUACAAGGCAUUUGGAGUUGGAGGGAGGCAAAAGCUCUCAGGUCGUAGCUCACUGUUUUCUUGGUCUUCAUGAGACAGAGGUUCUGUGACAUAAACAAUCUGAAAGACACUUGAUACUUGUUCUCCGUAACCAUGGCUGUCUCUUUGCUCAGAGCCCCGGAGCCAGAGAAAUAACUGGCCGAUCCCCUCUCUUAACCAGAAGCCACACUGGGAAGUGAAAGUGUCUUCUGUCAUCCCCCCCCACCCCACCCCCCCCGCCUCCCCACCUUCCAUCUCCUCACCCACCUCCUCUUCAUUCGGUCCAGCUCAAAAUCCUAGGGCUAAAACGUGGGCAGAAAGCAAAGAAGAUCUAUUAGAGACAUAGAGCGUUCUGAGAAAAACACCCUUUAGAUGAAGGCAGAAACAGUAAAUAACCAAGUAGCACGGCAUACAAAUGUUGUGAUUUUUUUCAUGUAUGGCUUUGGAUCAGAAAACCAGGCACUAGGAAGGAAAAGGAUGCCACUUCAAUGGAAAAGUGUUAGAUGAGAAAUUAUUCUUGGACAUAUGCACAUCUCCUUACCAUCAACCUCUGCAUCCCCAGAAAGGGAUCUGACAAACACGCAAGUGGACAGAUAGUAUAACCAAGGGUGAUUCCUGGGUUUGAGAGGAAAGGACCACAUUUAAAGAUGAGUAUAGAGAAAACAAAAUGAGUCAUUGAAAACGUGUGACUGAACCAGGGAAAAUGAACAGCCUCCAGAACACUUGAAAAUGAAAGUGGUGUAUUGCAGGGAACAAACAAAAAAAUAUAGCAUUGUCUCUGUCAUAAUUGAAGGAAGAGAAGAAUUGCUUCUAUCCAGCAAUAGUGUAUUAUCUUAAAAUGGGAAUGGCUUAAGAGAAAAAGCAAUAUAAUAAAAUGGAAAAGAAGAUAAAUUAGGAAGAAGGAUUUCGAGAGAGCUAAAGACACACUAGGAGAUUAAAAUCCACAUUGGAAGCAAGAAAGAACAAUAUUGAUGCUUAAAAAAAAAAA